AUGUCACGAGCUAUAUUAGUCUGCGGCUCGACUGGGAAGCAAGGCGGUGCUGUCAUCAACCGCCUUGUUGAACAAAAUGCCGACCUGGAAAUCCUCGCCGUCACACGGAAUGCGAGCUCCGCAUCUGCACAGCGGCUUUUGAAAAAGUCUCCCAAGAUCCGACUAGUCCAGGGCGAACUAUCCGACCCAGCGGCACUCUUCAAAACCGCCAAGGAAGUGGCAAGUUCGCCCAUCUGGGGCGUCUUCAGCCUCCAGGUUGUCGGACAGAGCGGAGGGAGCGAGGCGGACAUCGGCAAGGCUCUCGUCGAUGCAUCGCUCAAGGCCGGCGUCAAGUUCUUCGUCUACACGUCCGUCGACAGACACGGCGCGGACGACCCGACCAACGUUCCGCAUUUCAUCCACAAGCACAACAUCGAGCAGCACCUCUUCGCCAAAGCCAAAGGCACCGACAUGGACUGGACCGUCCUCAGGCCGGUCGCUUUCAUGGAGGACCUCACGGACGACUUCAUGGGCCGAGUCUUCGUGACGUCCUGGAGGAUGGCCAUCAAAGAGAAGCCGCUGCAGUUGAUCGCGGUCAGAGACAUUGGCCACGUCGGCGCCGAGGCCUUCCUUCACCCGGACAAGUACAAGGGCCGCGGUAUCUCACUGGCCGGCGACGAGUUAACGAUCGAUCAGUUCGCCGAGGUGUUCAAGAAGACGACCGGUAGGGAGCUGCCCGGGACAUACAGAGUCUUCUGCUGGCUUAUCAUGGCGAUGGUGAAGGACUUUGGAUGGAUGUUCAAGUGGUUCUACGACGUCGGGUACGGCGUCGACAUCCAAGAGCUGAGGAAGGAGUACCCAGAGUUGAAGGACUUUGAAACCUGGUUGAAGACAGAGAGCGACUUUUCAAGAUGA